AUAUAGCGCAUGCGCUCUGCCUGAGGACUGCUACACAGACUGCAAUAUGGCGAGAAUGCCUGGCAGCGCAGACUGCUCUAGCGACACGGCGGGGACAGAGCGGGUGGAGCACAUGAGCUGCCCAGAGACUGAGAGGAGCGGAGACGAGGCGGAAGAGGAUGAGAUCCAGGAGGUGCAGAUCACCGGCGAGGAGGAGGGGGAGUACGAGGAGGAUGUCGAGCUGGAGUGGGAGGCAGAAUGUGUGGACCCCGGCAGCUGCUCGGUUAUGGAGACAGAAGCGGUCCGUAUGGGCAGUACGGACCAGUGCAGCGGGAUGGGAGCGGGGGCGGACCCCAGACUUUUCCACAUCCCCGGACUGGACUCGGAUCCGGAGGGAGACCUGCAGCGGUCUGACCGCUCCAGACUGAGCGAGAACACUCGCCUGGCUACUAGGUACGCAGUCAGGAUCUUCCGGGAGUACCUGAGUGAGAAAGCCCAAAGUCCUGACUUUGAAACUCUGGACAAGGAAGCGCUGUGCGCGGUCCUGCGCUCCUUCUACGCGGAGGCGCGAUCGAAGAGUGGCCAGCUCUACAGCAAGUCCUCUCUCAUCAGCAUCCGGAGUUCUCUGAACCGCUACCUGAAUGAGCCGCCUUACUGUCGCACCCUGGACCUCACCAAGGACCCAGAACUGCGCAGCGCCAACCUGACCCUGGCCGCAGUCAUCAGAAAGCUGGAGGAGCAAGGUGCCGGUCCCGUUGUGCAAAAACAGGCUAUUACGCGGGCGGACCUGAGAAAACUCUACACCUCUAGUGUGUUUAACACCGAUACGCCGUUCGGGCUUCUCAACAAAGUGUGGUUCGAGACAUGUAUGUAUUUCUGCACGAGGGGGAGAGAGAAUCAGCGCGAGCUGGAGGAGGAUUCAUUCGGGCUAGCCAUAGACGAGGAUGGGAGAAAGUUUAUCUAUUUCAAAGCGCUGGGGCCGUAUCACAAGUCUCGCUCGGCGUCCUGGACUAAAAAAAGACCAGACACGGAUGAUGAUACUCUGCCGCGCAUGUAUGAGACGGCCACGGAGUUUUGUCCGUAUGCCAGCUUUGUGAAGUAUGUCUCGAAACGGAACCCGCUGUGCAAAGCGUUCUUCCAGCGCCCGCGAGACCACUGCUGCUUAAGCGACAUGACAUGGUACGAGAACAAAGCAAUCGGUAAAAACCUGCUGGGCACGAGGAUGCAGAUGCUGUCGCGUGCUGCCAAGCUUUCAAAGACCUACACCAACCACUGCAUCGGCGCAGUCUCCAUAGCAACGCUCAACAGCAUCGCUGGUAUCGGGUCAAAGUCAGUAUCGCUUCACGUUGCCUCGGAAACGGUCAAUGGUGGCGCACAGUCUUAUCUCCAGCUCGUGAUCCCUUAUAGCCGACAGGUCACGGACGCAGUGGAACUGAAGCCGCAGAGAACGACAAGGAAAUGUCGUUCUCACUGCCCCGGCGACGUCUCUGGACCUCCAUCACCUAAGAAGCUCUGUGUGCGUUCCGAGGAACGCGGAGAGUCCCCGGUGGUCAUAGUGGACGGUACCGAGCCCGUGGACACCCGAGCCCCGGAGCCCCACGGCCAGCCGCCCGCUCCUUUACCAGCUGGCGUGGUAGCAGCGCAGGAUAGCCGUAAUAGCAGCAUGGCCAGCCGGCCACUGGUCUCCCAGUCCCCUGCCUCUCCGCUGGGCUCAGGGGGUAUAGGGGGCAUCCCCACCCCCGCCCAGCUCACCAAAACCAACGCCCCUGUACACAUAGACGUAGGAGGUCACAUGUACACCAGCAGCCUGGCGACACUGACCAAGUACCCAGAGUCACGGAUUGGUCGUCUGUUCAACGGGACAGAGCCCAUAGUGUUGGACAGUCUGAAGCAGCACUACUUCAUAGACCGAGACGGUCACAUGUUCCGCUACAUCCUCAACUUCCUGCGGACGGCAAAACUGCUCGUCCCUGACGACUUCAAAGAGUACUCUCUACUCUAUGAGGAGGCCAGGUUCUUCCAGCUAUCUCCACUACAAGCAGAAUUAGAACGCUGGAGGAGUGAGCGCGAGGCCAGGAAGGUGUGGCGUGUGUGUGAGUGUGUGGUGGUGCGUGUAGCUCCAGAGCUGGGGGAGAGGAUCACUCUAAGUGGGGACAGGGCUCUGAUCGAGGAGGUGUUUCCAGAGGUCGGGGACGUCAUGUGUAACUCCCUGAACGCAGGCUGGAAUCAUGACUCUACUCACGUCAUACGCUUCCCACUCAACGGAUACUGUCACCUCAACUCUGUACAGGUGUUGGAGAGGUUGCAACAGAGAGGAUUCGAGAUAGCAGGGGCGUGUGGCGGGGGAGUAGACUCCUCCCAGUUCAGCGAGUACGUCCUACGCAGGGAGGGAAGUAGCAACGGACAGCGUGGCCACACCCUCAUCCGCAUCAAACAGGAAGCACUGGACUAAGCCCGACCCAGGUCAGAUCAGAGGUCAGGGGUCAGUGGAUAAUUGGUCAGGAGAAUCCAGAAAGCGACGCCUCCAUCUCCAAGGGAACGCCAAUAGUUGUUUUAGAAUUUUGUGGACAUAGGUAUUGCCAUGAUGAAACGGUGAUUGUACCUACACCAAAGGAGAGCAAUAGAACUAUGACCUCACCGCAAUGAACUAUGGAAGUCACUAACCAGGCGGUACGCAGAUAGUGACUGACCCCUCUCCCCAUGAGCAGGGACCUAUAGCAUAGAGAGAAGCAACAUUAGCACUAUCAUCAUACUACUCAUGUUACCGUGUAGGAUUAUUCUGUUUUAUAGUGUCAUAAUAAUACUAUGUGGAUUCAUUAAGAUUCUUACAAUAAUGUAAAUAAUCACAUAAUGGGAUGAGGUCAUGACUGAAACUCUGAAAUGGAGAAACGACACUAAUGAACAUGGACGAUUUGCAGCUGAAUGUUAAAAAGCACAAGUGUCUGGGAAAUCUAACCCAGCCUAAACUAAAUAGAUGAAAUAUAUGGUUCUGUGAAGCUAAAGUUAUUACGAGGAACUCGUGGAAGUUUUUUUUGUUGUUGAAAUUUUUAUAAACCAAAAAUAUGGUUUUCACAUGUUAAGUCUUAAUAUUAUGACAAUGGAAUUCUGAAGAGGUUCUUCUACACUUUAUAUUCAGCACAAUGAUAAAAGAGAUUUGUCUUGUCAGAGAUUGAAUUGUUGCAUGUUUUAUGCUGAGCAUUUGAGCAGCAGAGGACUUGAGAUCUGUAUCAAAACUGUCUGUCACACUAAAGGAAAUUUGAUUUCAUAAACGAAUGUACCAAAAGGAUGUAAAAACAUGUUUCAUACAAAAAAAAGUCUGCAUGUGUGUGUGUCUAUUAGUUAUUCAGGAAACUGUAAAUGAGAAUAUUCACUAAAAUGUUCAUUUUAGUUAGGCUAGCAAUCACAGAUCAGAUGACAAACCUACCAUCACCGUAUAAUUGAAACCGGAAAGUUAAGGGAGAGGUUUGCAUUAAUUUUAGGUGGCAUGGUAAAUAUUCCACCUGCUUCAGAGUUUAGCAGAAAGUAGUUAAUGAAUAUCUAUAAGCAAUGCAUGAAUAUUAAGUACACUAAAGUGCCUUUGUCUUCCUGGAUUUGACAAGCUGUCAGAGGGAGGGGCUUGUCUUUGAUCUGAGACAGGAACAGGAAGCAGUGGGACAUAUGAUGAGCUUGUUAACGUUGCCGACGAUGAUCAA